GCCAGGCGGUUGCCGGGGUGACGCGCGAGGCCUGGCGGGCCGGGGGCGCGAUGGCGGCGGCGGCGGCGGCGGCGGCGGCGGCGGGGGGGGGAGGAGGGCGGGCGGAGGGAGCUCCGCUCCCCGGCCCGCCCGGGGGCCGCCCGCGGCCCGUCUGCUCGCGGCCGUACUUCCUGGUCCUCAUGGUUUUCGCCCACCUCUACGUCCUCAACGUGCUGGGACUGCUGCUCUUCGUGCACCUCAGCGCCGGCGAGACCGGCGGGACGCCCCCCGCCGCCGCCGCCCCGCCGCCGCCGCCGCCGCCGCCCGCCCGCGCCCUCCCGCGCCUCGAGGGCAUCAAGGUGGGCCACACGCAGCGGGUGGAGCUGGUGCCCGGCCGGGCCCACGCCCUGCGCACCCUCAGCCUCAAGCCUCUCCUCUUCGAAAUUCCCGACUUCCUGACAGAGGAGGAGUGCAAGCUCAUCGUCCAUCUGGCACAGCUGAAGGGGCUGCAGAAGAGCCAGAUCCUACCAACAGAUGACUAUGAGGAAGCCAUGGAAAUGAUAGAAAUCAGCCAGAUGGACAUUUUCAAUCUGCUGGACCACAAUCAGGAUGGGCAGCUGCAGCUCAAAGAGGUGUUGACCCACACCCGGCUUGGGAAUGGCAGGUGGAUGACCCCUGAAAACAUCCGGGAGAUGUACACUGCAGUCAAGGCCGAUCCUGAUGGGAAUGGUGUGCUGAGUUUGGAGGAGUUCAAACAAUUGAAUAUCCGUGAUUUCCACAAGUACAUGGGGAGCCAGAAAGUGAAGAUGAGUGACUUGGUGCGCAACAGCCAGCACACCUGGCUGUACCAGGGCGAGGGGGCACACCAGGUUAUGAGAUCCAUACGGCAAAGGGUGAUGCGCCUGACUCGCUUGCCCCCUGAGAUUGUGGAGCACAGUGAGCCCCUCCAGGUUGUGCGGUAUGACCAAGGAGGUCACUACCAUGCCCACAUGGACAGUGGCCCUGUCUUCCCUGAGACGGCCUGCAGCCACACCAAGCUGGUCGCCAAUGAAAGCGCCCCCUUUGAGACCUCAUGCCGGUAUGUGACAGUGCUGUUCUACCUGAACAAUGUGACUGGGGGCGGUGAAACAGUCUUUCCUAUAGCUGAUAACAGGACGUACGAAGAGAUGUCUUUGAUCCAGAACGACGUUGACCUGCGAGAUACUCGGAAAAACUGCGACAAGGGCAAUUUGCGAGUGAAACCUCAGCAAGGCACCGCUGUCUUCUGGUACAACUACCUGUCAGACGGAGAAGGCUGGGUGGGGGAGCUGGACGACUUCGCCCUGCAUGGGGGCUGCCUGGUCACCCAAGGCACCAAGUGGAUUGCCAACAACUGGAUCAAUGUGGAUCCCAACCGGCGGCGACAGCUGCAGUUCCAGCAGGAGAUGGAGCGCUACGCGGGGGCGGGGGCCGAGCCCGGAGCCCCGGGCGAGUGGACAGUGGAUAAAGCCUACAGCGGCGUGCACCUGGAGCUGUAGGGUUGGGGGUCGGGUUGGGUGUGAGGCUGUCUGCGCCCACGUGGCCUUUUCCCGCGCUGGGCGGAGGGGCGGGGACGCGUGGCGCGCCAAUAAAGCG